CGGGGGCCGGCAGCGUCCGGGAGGCGGCGCGGGGCUCGGCCUCUCGGCCCCGCAGCUCCGCGCACCCGGCAGCGGCGGCGGCAGCGGUGGCGCGGGCUCGGGCGCCCCGGCAGCCUCUGAGUCGAUGGCCGGCAGGGACGCGGACGACGAGGGUCCCACGCGGAGGGGCGGCGCGGCGAGGCUUUCGGGGGCCCCCGGCGGGCGGGGAGGCGAGGCAGCCGUCAGCCGCCCCGAGCCGCUGUCCACUGCUGAAGCGCCGGCCGAGGGCGCCGCGCUGCCCGCCUGGAUGCGCCUCUACUUCUACGGGAUGCACGGGAUCACCCUGGACGUGCUCCUGUCUGCGGCGCGGCGCUUCGUUCGCAGCCCCGACCUCCGGAUGCUGGGCUUCUCCUCGCCCUACCACUGCCUCCUGCACUCGCUCACCCACUUUGCCCUGGAGAAGGUCUACCUGCAGCAGCGGCGCUGCCCCAGCGCCUUCGUCUUCAAUUUCCUCCUCUACCCCUCGGCCCACGUGGGGCUGCAGACCCUGGCGGGCGCGUUGCUCAACCAGGGCGGCGGGCCGGGGGGCGCAGCGGCGCCGGGGGCGCUGGACCUGGCGCUGCAGUACGUGCUGGCGCUCUACCACUGCAAAGUGUUCCUGAAGCGCUUCCUGCGCUUACGGUACCAGCCGCGGCAGCAGCAGCAGCAACAGCUGCUGCGGGGCGCGCCCCCCGCCCCUGCAGGCGCCCGGGUCCCUGCGGCAGCCGGCGGCCGGCGGCGGAGACCUCGCGGCCCCAGGGGCGCGGCGGGAGCCCCCAGCCAGGGGCUGCCGGACCUGCUCCGCUUUCUUUUCUUCGGAAUGCACGGCUUUUUGGAUGAGAUUUUCUUCACAUUCUUCUUUAACCUGCUGGGCCAGGGGGACGGGACAAGCAGCGGCCACACGUCUCUCUGGUCCUUCUUUAUGUACGGCAGCUGCAGUUUCGUGGUGGAAAAGCUCUACUUCCACCUCCACUACAGUCGGGGCUGGGGCACCUGGAAGCGAGUGCCCUUCUACGUGAUCUUCAUCUACGCGUGGGAGUUGUCCUGGGGUCUGGGACUCCGCACUUGGGGCGCUUGUUCCUGGGACUAUUCUCACUAUCCGCUCAAUUUCAUGGGCCUUAUCACCCUGAUGUAUUUACCUGGUUGGAUAUUCCUUAGUGUGUACCAGGACCUACUUUCCAACGUGUUGUGGCAGGUGCAGUACGUACCAACUAACUAAGACCAAAAAAAAAAAAAAAAACAGUCACUGGAUUUCCAUGAAUGAAUGUGAUUUAUUUUUACACACUUAAAACGCGGUGAGGUUUUUUUGGUUUUGGUUUUGUUUUUUAGCCUUUUAAUUUUUAUACAUUUUACUAAACUUUUUCAACCUGUUUUAUUCGAUAUUUUAGUUUUUCUAUUUGGAAUUUCUGCAUAAUACUACAAUACUUUGAAAUAUUGCUGGAAACAUAACUCAAAGUACUUAACUCGUCAAUAUUUUAAAACCCUCACUAGCCCAAACAGCAAAACCAUCAUACCUUAACAUCGAAAAGCUGUAGUAUUCACUUAUUUGGGUGGGGGGGAUAGCCACUGAUUUUUCUUUUUUCUUUUUUUUUUUUUAAGUGAGGAAGUUCUUCAACUCAGAGACCAGUGAUUUUUACAAGAUUUGGUGAAAUUUUCUGAUUUAAUGAUUUGUUUACUUUCUUUUUAAUCCAAUGUCAUUUUAAUUCCUUGCCAUAUUUACCAAUGACUGCUGAAAACCAGUCUUGUACUCCUGAGACUACAGUUAAUAGCUCUUAAAGUGCCUCUGUCUAGCACACAAAUGAAAAGAGACUGACAAAUUUGAAAACACAUGUUAUGGAUCAAUUUUUAGAUAAGAAAUCUUUUCUAGCAACUCAGACAGGUAACACUGUGUUAAGAUAUUUGAUCUCCAUCCUGGGAAUGAUUGCUUUCCUAUGUGGGUUAGCCUUAAACGCCAAGUGUGUUAACUUUAAUCAGAUCCUGUGUCAUCUCUGGCUGUAAAUUUUUGUCCCUGUGCAAUAAUGUAAAAUGUUUACUUUACGUGUACAAGGGCCAAGCAAAAUUAUACCACCCUCAGUAGUGUUCUAACCAUAAAGACUCUUUCCUACAUGGGGCUUCAAGAGUGAAACAGUUCCAUGGAAUAAAAUGAACCGGAAUAUUCACCUUAAUUACAUUAGCCCUAAUUGUUUUUGGAGAAUACAGAUAUGUGUUUUCAGCCUAUUUCUGCCAUGGCUCAGUUGUAAACAUUUUUCUGUUUCCUUUGGGGCCCAUACAGAUUUCUUGGGCCAAGUCCGAUGUAGUAAUGUGCAUUAUAAAUCAAUGAUAGCUUUUUGGUGACUCAUUAUUAAUGUCUGGAAGCUUGGAAGAAUGGAAGUUAAAAGAGAUGAUGUAAACCAUUUUAAGAAAUCAUAUCUAAUCAAUUAAUAAUGUACUUUAAAUUUAUUUGCUGUGUUUUCAUUAUAUUUAGAAAAGUCAAGUAGAACUGAGUAUGGCUCAUCCAAGGAUGACUAAUAUCUUCUCAGUUUUCAUUACAAAGAAAAUUAGGAAAACUUAUGGUGUGCAUAAAUGAACAUAUAUUCCUAUUCAAAUUAUUAGUUUGCCUAUGCUAUAAAAAGGGACUUCUUUCUGUUUUCAAAAACAUGUUUGCUAUGACAGUAAAAAUGAACAUGCAUUCAGAUUUAAGUCAGGCAUAGCUCUAAGAAUGUUAUAUUAUUUUAAUCUACAGUCCGAGGUCGUGAGGUAAACUAUAAGUAAUGCUAUAGGAUAAACCCCACCUGUGAAAUAAAUCCUGUCACACUGAUAGUGUUAGCCAGUCAAAGGUUGAGUAGAAAGCUAAAGUAAGCUAAAUGUUUGCAGAGAGUAAAAGUAUCACUUUGUGGAAAAGGUUUCUGAAAACCUGGGGAGAGAAAAAGUAUAAGUAUAGACACUAAAGUUAGAUGCUGGACAAAAUACUUGUGAUUCAAAUGUGUCACAUGUGCAUGAAUCAGAGUUGAGUGCGGCACCUCUCCACACCACACAUUCCUGUGAAGCCUUAAGCAAAUCCAUGGCUUCUGGAAUACUUGCUAAAUGUACGUAUUCACACUGCUGUCAUUCACAUGCUCCUCCUCAACCCUGCUUAAUCUGCUUACCAGCAUUCUUGGGGUCAGAAAUCCAUCAGGAAGUAGGAAAGCCUGCUAUUUUGUUUGUUUUGCUUUUCCUGUUAAUCCUAUUUAAAGGAAAGGUCAAGAUUUUUCAUUCAUUCAAGAAAUAGUUAUUGUGAACCUGCUGUUUGUCAGGCACUUACCUGGACCCUGUGGAGACAGCAGUGACUCAACAUAGACAAAAUCUCUGUCCUGAUAGAGCUCACAGUCUAGUGUUUUGAUUUAUAUGUGAUUAUACUUAUUUGCAAGGCUACUGUUUCAGUAAUAGGCAACGAGAGAGGCAGAUGUUGUAAGGGCUCUCAUCAGGCCUCUCCCUCAAUCCAUCCUCUCUAAAACAAAAGCCCAUUAACAGUCCCCCGGCUAGUUCGACAAAGAGCUCGUUCAUCUGUGUUCAGGAAGUGAUUAUCCUGUCUAUUAACUCAGCACCUUGCUUUAGGGCUUCUCAUUCUGUGUUUACUCAACCUCUUAAAAGUAACAUUUUGCUGCAACUUUGAACCUUUAAAGAAAAAGCA